AUGGGAAGCUGUAGACAUCAUUUAUGGCAAGCUAUUAGAGCAUCAUCUGCAGCUCCAUAUUAUCUCGAUGAUUACACUGAUGGUAUAUUCCGGUGGCAAGAUGGUGCGAUUGUUGCAAACAACCCUACUAUUUUUGCAAUACGAGAAGCACAACUGUUAUGGCCAGAUGCAAAAAUUGACACCUUAGUUUCAGUUGGUUGUUGUUCUGUUCCAACUAAGCUUCGAAAAGGUGGGUGGCGUUAUUUGGAUACUGGCCAAGUGUUGGUUGAAAGUGCAUGUUCAGUUGAGAGGAUCGAACAUAUGUUAGGCACAUUGCUCACCAUGAUUCCUGAUAUUCAGUAUUUUCGAUUCAAUCCAGUGGAUGAACGUUGUGAUAUGGAGUUGGAUGAGACUGAUCCUACCAUAUGGCUUAAAUUGGAAGCAGCUACUAAUGAUUAUAUUGAGAACAACUCUUCAGCUUUUAAACAAGUGUGUGAAAAAUUGUUGCAGAAUUAUAAGGAUGGGAAAAUCCCUGACGUUCUAAACUCUCCUCAGUUCCUCAAGCCAAGGCGCCUAAAUAUAGGUGAAAAUGGACCUUGUUUAGGUUGGAGACGCUACGUGCUACUAGUGAAGGCUUCAAAUUCCCCUGAUUCUCGAAAAAACUUAAGCAGCCAUAUUCAAUCACUCGAGACAUUUUGUUCAGGAAAUGGAAUAAAAAUAUUUCUCAUGGAUGUGACAUCAUCAUCAUCGUCAUCAUCAUCAUCAUCUCCCUCUCCACCUACAUCAUCACCAUUGUUCACUGCAAGCUUCCCAUCAAGCUCACGUCUCUUUGGUUCUGAUACUGGGCCCGGGCCCCACUUAGAGCCGAUUCGAUACCUACAUGACAAGUUACAGAAUUCACCACAGGUUGGAGUUGUUCACUUGGCUCUUCAAAAUGAUUCAAAUGGCUCCAUUUUAAGUUGGAAAAAUGAUGUAUUUGUGGUUGCUGAACCGGGUGAGCUGGCAGAGAAGUUUCUGGAAAAAGUGAAAUAUAGUUUUCAGUCGAUGUUGAAAGGGGGGCGUAGGCGUUACAUGUCAGACAUUUCAAACAUCUCUUGCGUUGCUGAUUUGGUUGCCUGUAGGCCCUACUUCCAGAUCGGGGUUGUUGUCCAUCAAUACAUAGGCCGCCAAACUCAGGUUAAUGAAGAAGGUCAAGAAUUUGGAGCUUACAUGUUUCGUAGGACUGUUCCUUCUAUGCACUUGGCUCCACCAGAUGUUCGUUGGAUGAAUUAUAAUAUCACGGGCCUAUAUGGGCCAACGACGGCUCUAAUAAAGGCAUUUCUAGACUCGGGUGCGAAAGCCGUUAUUUGCCCUUCAAUACAGCCAGAAGAAACACAAACACACUUAACAUCAUUCCAUGGAUCUUUCAACUUAACUGAACUAGAGAGAGUUAAAUUUGAGAUCGGGGUGGAGGACCUAGAAGAUGAAGAUGUGAUGACAGUGGGGCCCAUGAGCCCAGGGAGUGAAUGGGAAGACAUGACCAUGGAGAGAGAGACACCCACUCCGGGUGUAGCAGGAGGUCGAGGGACGUUGAUCUGGGAUGAUGAUGAUGAGGAAGAUCUAUCCAAUUUCACGCAUCACUUGUAUGAUUCUAUAUAUCUUAGAGGGAGAGAGUUGAUGUUGCUUUACUAA